UCCCUAGUCAUUUUAAUCUGUUGGCUUUUGUGUCUAUGCUUCAAUCUUCACAUUAUUGUCAUGUUUAUUUCUGAUCAUAUAAUCAUAGUACCCAAUGCCCAUGGUUAACGUACUAGUACACCGAAUACUGCUUGUAGUUUGCCCUGAUAUAUAAAUGGUUUAUUCUACAGAUAUAGAGCGGUCACAAGUGCAUACUACAGGGGUGCUGUUGGGGCAAUGUUGGUUUAUGACAUCACAAAACGUCAAAGCUUUGAUCACAUACCUCGUUGGUUAGAAGAACUGCGUAACCAUGCUGAUAAGAAUAUAGUUAUCAUUCUUAUAGGAAACAAAAGUGAUCUUGAGAACCAGCGUGCAGUAUCCACAGAGGAUGCAAAAGAAUUUGCCGAGAAAGAAGGGUUAUUUUUCUUAGAGACCUCAGCACUGGAAGCAACUAACGUUGAAACAGCCUUUAUGACUGUUUUGACAGAAAUAUUCAACAUUGUCAACAAAAAGAACCUAGCUGCUGAUGAUAAUCAGGGAAAUGGCAACUCAGCAUCUCUGUCUGGUAAGAAGAUUAUUGUUCCUGGUCCUGCACAAGAAAUCCCCAAGAGGAGCAUGUGUUGUCAGUCCUGACUUUUCUUUAUAAUUUGUUUAAAUUUACUAGAUUUCAUGGUUAUUAUCACCAAUUUUUAAUGGUUUGGUGCAUUUCCUUUUGUAUAUUUUUACAUUAUUUAAAAUUUAUUUUGCAUGAGUUGCUGAUUAAGAGUUAAGACCAGCAUAGGGAAGUACUUACAAUUUGCUUGGUAUAACGUACGUAAGAGAUAAAACUUUAAGUGUGUUGUUUUAGGUAUUUUUUUGUAUUAUUUUCAGUUAAAUUUAAAACUUUCAUCUCA